UGACGACCUCUUGCAUUGCUACUAUCUGCUCGUGCAUUGCCAGCUGAGGAAAGCGUGGGCGGCAGGCAAGACCUGCAUUGAAAAGACGCGGAACGGAAUACUCGAUCCUACUGGAUCCGAGAGUCUCACUUCUUAUGCCUCAGUCCCGUGUCGCCUCGUGUCCAUUGUCAAAUGGUGAGCCUUAAAUGGAUAAAGCACCCGGUAAAAGUUGGACUAAUCCCCAGGAUGGGCCUGGCUAGUAACCGAUCGCAGCCUUAUAUCGAGUCCUUUAAUGCCACAUCGAUAUUGACCUGCCCUCGUCAAUACCCAGUCCCCACUGGCUCGUCCAUCCAACCUUCGACAUGUAUGAAAUGGGUACCUUUGCAAAGGAUGGGUCGCACUCUGGGGACGAGCGGCUGGCUACACAAGCCCACCGUCGCCGGAUAAACGAACGAGCAGUAAUCGAGAAUCCUCUUGCUGGUUAUACGGACGAGCAACUGGAAGCAGAUGUUGUGUCGUUUGCCCAGGAACAUCUGAACGUCGACACGGCAGAGUUGCUUCGAGCAGCGCGCGUAGCUAAAGACAUUAGGCUGUACGACGAAGUUGCCAGAAACUCGAACGAUAGCGCUAAUAGAGAGCUUCCGGUCCAGCUGACCGGAGAGGAAAAACGAGCACUUGUACGGGAACGCGAUGUUGCGUUCAGUGAAAAGGGGAUGUGGACCAUCAUUAUCACAGUAUCACUAGCAGCCUUUCUGCAGGGCCACGUCCAAGCAUCAUUUAACGGUUCGUCGCUGUACGAUACUCAAUUCGGUCUCAACACAAUCGCCAAGAAGGAAGAUGGCAUCACGACCGGCAGAGGAGCUCCGCUAGGAGCCGAUGACUGGAAGCUCGGUGCUGCCAAUGCGUCACCGUUCUUCUUUGCGGCGGCGUUGGGCUGCCCCCUGGCACUUCCUGUGAACCACUAUUUGGGUCGCAAGGGAGGCAUGAUAAUUGCGGCGUCGUUGAUCUUCGCCAGCUCUCUUGCCUCGGCCUUUGCCACGGACUGGCAUCAACUCUUUGGCAUCCGUCUGGUUAAUGGCAUUGGGAUGGGUCUCAAAGCCGUCAGCACCCCUAUUCUUGCUAGCGAGACUGCAGUGGGUUUCUGGCGUGGCACAUCCAUUCUCGCGUGGCAGUUGUGGGUGGCCGCGGGAAUGAUGGUCGGGUUCGCCUUCAACCUGAUUUUCGAUACAACGCCAGACUCGAACAAGAGGCUGACCUUCCAGUUGAUGGUGGCAGCCCCCAUGGUGCCUGCGCUAGCGCUGCUGGUGUUUGUCAUCUGGUUCUGCGACGAAAGCCCGCGGUACUUGAUGCGGGUGUCGAGCCCGAGCUACAAUCCACGACGGGCGUAUGAGAUUCUCAGGAAGUUGAGAAACACCGAGUUACAAGCCCUACGGGACAUUUACCUGGUCCACAAGUCACUCGAGCAGGAGGAGUUGCCCAGCGGCGACGUGAGAACUCAGUCGGCACAAGGCUUUGUCGUCACCAUCACGGGCUUCUUCCGCCAAUGGAAGCAGCUCUUCCUGCGGCGACGGCUUCGGAACGCACUAAUCAGCAGUUCGACAUUGGCUUUGGCGCAGCAGCUCUGCGGUAUCAACGUACUGGCGUUUUACUCAGGCACGCUCUUCAGCCGCGCCGGCGUGGAGAAGCGGGACUCGAUGAUCUUCAGCCUGGGCUACGGCGCGGUAAACUUCGUCUUCGGCCUCCCGGCUAUCAGGACCAUCGACACGCUGGGCCGGCGCAAGUGGCUCAUGCUGACGCUGCCGGUGAUGUCGUUGUUCAUGCUGCUCGCGGGUGUGUCGUUUCACAUCAGCAACCGUGACGCCCAGGUCGCGGUCUUGACGCUCUUCAUCUUACUGUUCGCUGCAACGUACUCGCCCGGCCUAGGCCCAAUCCCGUUCACCUACGCGUCCGAGAGCUUCCCGUUGUCGCACCGCGAAGCCGGCGCUGCGUUUGCCAUCGCCGUCAACCUGGGUUUUGCCGGGUUGCUUUCCAUGUUCUUCCCGAGGAUCAACUCUGGGUUGGGGGACGGCGGGUCGCUGUAUCUUUUCGCGGGGCUCAACAUGCUCGCGUUUAUCAUGGUUUUUCUGUUGUUGGAGGAGACAAAGAGGAGGAGCCUCGAGGAUCUUGAUUUGGUGUUUGCAGUGUCGAAGCGCAGAUUCAUUGGGCACCAGGUGUCGGAGUACCUGCCAUGGUUCUUCAAGAGGUAUCUUCUGGGAAGCAAGACGACCAAACCAAGUUUGUACACGGAUUUGAUCUGGGGGCCUAGAGGCGAUGAAAGGGCCCGCAUGGGAGAUGCGGAGGAGACAGGACGCAGAGACAGCGCAGAGUCAGGCCGAGAUAGCACCCAUGCUUGAGGUGGGCGUAUUCAACAUCUAUUCGCGUAUACUGGUCGAGUCUUAUAAGCAGCCCAGUCCGCGUCGACGUAUUCAGCUUUUUAGAUGCCAUUAAGCCUAUUUUGGCGCUCGCUUAACCCAAGAAAAGGCCAUUGAAGUAGGGAUGCACCUAGACAUCCCAUACUCAGUGCAAUGCCUCAGUGACGUGGAGCACCAUGACCAACUCCUGCACGGCCGGUUCGUCCAAGUAUGGGUUGGGUGUGUGGUACGUUACCUGGUCGGCACCUACCUAGUGUAUGAUACCUAGG